AUGUUGAGUUACGUGAAACUAUUCCUUGCCGCAGUUUACAUUGCAGACUUGAGUGAUAUACGUGCGCAUCCGCAACGAGUAUGCAACAACCAUUAUUGUCUACUUUCUGUUCGUGCAGUUGAACCCGGUGAUUUUGAGGACAAAGAGACAUUUUGUUCUCAUAACAACAAUCACAACAGGAAUAACCACAUUUACAAUAGCGACAUGAAAGCAUGGUUAUUAGAAAUUUAUGACGAGUCGAUCGAAAAACUUUUAGAAAAAUUUCUAAGUGGAAGACAUGUGAAUGGAAAUAUUCUAUUAAAUGUUGAAGCCAGAGGUGGGAAUUGGACCUGGUUGAAUGGUAAACAAUUUAUAGGAAGCAUUUUCGACAAUGGUGGCAAACCAAAUUGGGUGGGUCGCGUUACGAGAACGUAUGCUGGAGAUGAUUUUCAGUUCCUGGCUGACAGCCAUCUGACAAAGUAUGAUGCUCUGUGCAGGGCUGAAACCAAUCAAUGCAGCCAUCCACAUAGUUGGCAGUGCAACUCUCAGUGCAUCUUUCCAUUGAAUGAAAAUUUCACAUGGAAUGAAGCUCAAAAUGAAUGCAUUAAGAAGGACGGAGAACUUGCAUCGUUUGAUGAUUGGGACUCUCUCAAAUUCAAUCAAACCUCUCGAGCCUGGGUUCAAAACCUGUCGAUGCCGACGUAUUGGAUUGGAUUAACGAGGAGGGUGGUUAAGUGGCGACAUGCAGGAAAGUUUGUGAAGUACAACAGAUGGAGGGCAUCUGAUUUAAUCGUGGAAGCCGAGGCAAAAGAACAAACAUGUGUGUUCAUGAUGAGUGAACAUCAAACAACUAACAAACACCAAAUAAUGAACGAACACCAAAUUAUGAACAAGAGUUUUAACGUGGGGUGGUUCACAGCUCCGUGCAAUCAAUCAUAUCAUGUCGUUUGUAUGCCAGUUUUCAACUACUGGUUCGGAAUCAUAUUCCCAAUAAUGAUCUUGUUGGAAUGUGUAGUUGUCUGGAUGAGAUGCAUGGAUUUAUUGUGUUUCAAACCGAAGACCAACAAAGGACCAACUGACGUGUUGGAACCAACUGUUGAACUAUCAGACCAAAAGCCACCCGUCCAACUUAAAAUUUCACUUUAG